CCCUCUCACUCUUCAAAGCAAAAUAUUUAUUUGUUUACCUUUAAAUUAAUAAUUAAUGAUGUUUCGUUCUUUAAUGGUACUUUAAAUUUUUAGAAGUUUUUCCAUAAUUUUAGAAACUAUUUAAACUACAAUCAUGGCAGAAGAAAUAUCCAAAACAGGCCGGGGGACGGGAAAUCUCUUUCAAGAUUUACUUUCUUCUGUCGUCCUUGUGAAAAAGUGUGACAAGCAUAUAAUUUCUAGUAAUUCAAUUAAACCUGACGUGAAAUCUAAAUUACAAUCUUUACACUGCUUCAUUUGUGGUGUCAAGCACCAGCAUGGUCCAUUAUCUCAAAUCAAAAUUGAAAUUUUACAAGAAAUUAUUUUAAGCGAAAUGUUCGACAAGUUUUCCACGACUUCAACUUGUGCCGUGUGUUCGACAACGCUGGAUAAACUGAUCAAUCUGAAAAAGGAAAUUGAGGAUAUUUCUACCUGCAUUCGGAGUGUGAUUAAACUACGUCGAAACUUAUCUGAAGUUGAUGGAAACCGAUUAAGAACCAAUUUGAGCAAGGAUCCUGAAGAACAUGACUCCAUCAUUGUUUCAAGAAGCGUAGAUAACGUGACGUCCAAUAAUGAUGUCGAAAAAUGCGAAAGUGAGGAGUACGACUUUGUGGCAAUAGAUUGUCCUAACGCCUAUUUGAACGAAGAAUCAUUAAGAAAUGGCGAUAACGUUGAGGAUCUUGAAGUCAGACAUGACGACGAUACUGCGUCAAGAAAUGAUGGAAAUUUCAUGGACACGCCAGAAUUAAAGCCAGUCCUUCCAAUAGUUGAUGAUAACAGUGCACUCAAUGAUAACUUUAGUAUAGAUGAAUGCGUGACGAUAGGCGAUCCUGUCGUAGGACUUGAGGAUGAGGAGGAAUCGAUAAGAAGCGAUAAUACCGGUAACGACGAUAAAGCUGGCCAUCCUGAAGUCAAACUUGAAGAUCCAAUAAAUCGCUCUGAUAGAGAUUGCAUCGUGAACACGCUAGAAUUACCCCUGACAGAAAUUAAUGACGAAGUUAAGCUCAGUGAUAACGUUGACGUCGAAGAAUUUGUGCAAUGCAAAAAUGAGUGCGACGAUUUUGCGUCCACUAAUAAUCCUGUUCGAGAUAUCGUCCCUUGUGUGAAGGAACCGUCACGAGGACUACAAAUAGCCAAAGUAAAAAACGAAGAUGGCCAAGAAAUCAAACUUUUCACAAACUUUGACGGCGUCUAUGACGUUAUCAUCCCUGAUGAGGCAAUUAUUGUUGAGUCGAUGGAGCUCACCUUAGAAAGUCUGACCUGUCCCGAGUGCAAUGUUUCAUUUGACAAACCUUGGCAGCUUUACCGACACCAGAGGAACCCAUGGUUGGACAGAUCAGGAAAAGAAAAUAGAAAGCGCAGCAAUGAAACUGACCUACAGAAUGAUGCUAAGCGGCCAAGAGUUUCUAGAACUAGGGCGGAAGAACUGAUUAAAAAGAUGACAAGCCAUGACAACCUUAAUAGUUAUGACAAUCAGGACGAUUCCGACUUUUAUGACACAUCGGACAGCAGUUCCAGUGAUCAAGAUUCGAGUAAUGGAGAAGAUAAUAGUCCAGAAUUAAGUAUCGAUGAGGAUGACGCCGAGCUAUACACGAAGUCCGAAGAAUACAAGUGUCACAAGUGCAAUAUAACAUUCGGUAGAAGGUACGACCUUGCUCGUCAUCUUACAACCACUCUGGUACACGCUGAGGAAAACCUUCGUCACAAAGUAGGGUUGGCUGAUAACCAGAUAAUCACACAGUCUGGAGAACAUAAAUGUCUCAAGUGCAAUAAAACAUAUGUGAAUAAGCACGAUCUGAUUCGUCACCUUAUAACCUCUUGUGCACCCAAGCGAUUAAAAGGAUUUCGCCGUAGUUCUCGUGGGACAUUCAUUUUGAGUCCAACGGAAGAUGAAAUAGCUUCUUUGACCUGCACCGUUUGCGCCAUCAAAUUUGAUGACCCGGCAACUUUAACCAAGCACAAAUCCAUGCAUACGAAUAAAUGCGACAUUUGUCGGCUAAAGUGUACGACAAGAAGAGGUCUGCGAAGACAUUUGCAGACUCAGUCUCAUGCCCUCGUGUUUAGAACGCUGGGCCCCACCGAGGAAGAACUCACCACUUUACAAUGCACGAUUUGUUCGAAUAAAUUUGACAACCUCCCAACCCUGAUGAAACACAAAGUUUUACAUUUACAAAAAUGCGAAGUGUGUAAUGUAACAUAUCCCAGCUUUCGAGAUCACCUGCAGUCUAGGAAACAUAAAAUCGCAAUUAGAACUAGAAGAGUAAGUGAUGACGGCGUCAUUUCAUUUUCCUGCGAUAAAUGUGAUGAUAUCGAGUUUCCCAACUUGGCUAAAAUAUUAGAACACAUAAAGAAAACUCAUCAACGAAUCAGUCAAAAGUUAUCUUUCGAUCCAACGGAGGAUGAAAUAUCAUCAUUGAAAUGCUCCGUUUGUGCCAGAAAAUUUAAUGACGUGGCAACUUUAACCAUACAUAGAAACAAAUAUAAGGAAACAUGUGAAAUUUGUGAUACCAAGUAUUCAAAGACAUUCAAGCUGCAUAGCCAAACUCGGAUUCAUUCGGUCGCCCUAAGAACUCGAAAAUUUAAUGACGAUGACGUCGUUCUGUUUCGUUGCGAUAAAUGUGAUGAGGCCGAGUUUCCUGAUGCACUUGGAAUAUUUCAGCACGUGAAGCAAAUGCAUAAGUUGUCUUUAGGUCCAAUUGAGGAAGAAAUUGCCACUUUGCGAUGCACAAUUUGCUGUGACAAAUUCGAUGACCUGAUAACCCUCCUAAAACACAAAACUCUACAUUUCGACAAAUGUGAAAUGUGCAACUAUACCUGCCGUCGAAUAUAUGAGCUUAAAGUUCAUCUAAAGUCGAGGUUACAUCAAUCAGCACUUCGAUGUAGACGAUUUGAUCCCGAGAACAAAGUUAGUUUUGUUUGUGACCAAUGCCCAGAUGAGACACACUUCCCUGAUCAUCCGCAGCUUAUAAAUCACAAGAAAAAGUAUCACCCUGAAAAUAUUUUCUGCAACUCAAUCAAGCCGGUCAAGUCAUGCGUCCCUUGCAACAAGAGUUUUAAUACGAAGAAAGGUUACAAAUCACAUUUUCUGUCGGCUCUGCAUGCCAAAAAUGUUGAAGAGUCGGAAGAAUUGGAAAAGAAAAAGGUCUUCGCAUGCACUCAUUGUGACAGGAAAUACGCCUCAAAAUUCCUGCUCGAACGACAUCUUAAAAUUUAUAACCGGACCUUGAUCUGUGAAAUAUGUUCGCAGCGCUAUCCUGGUUUGGUUGCUUUGAAGGCCCAUCAAAAAACACAUGGAGAGCCGAAAAAGACCCGUGUCAGAUUCAUUCUACCAGAAGAUAAACUUUAUCCGUGCAAAUUUUGUGACAAGCGGUUCACCACUUUAUCGAUACGCAGUCGGCACGUAGAAUGUGCGCAUAAAGAAAUACGCCACAAGUGUGACCUGUGUCUACGAGAAUUCAGGUCUCUAGCUGGAUAUAGGAGUCACCAGAAAAAAGUCCACAACUUGGAAAAUAAAAAUAAACGCUUGUAUUCCAAGCAACCCGCACAGAAGGAGAAAGCUGUUCCCCAGAAAUGCGACGUUUGCUCGAAAACUAUGGUUAAAGGAAACAUGGUACCCCACACUGAACUUGUCCACUUCCAAGAUAAAAGCAAAUGUCCUUAUGGUUGCUCCGAGCUGGAAUUUGAGACUGAACAGGACUGGAUUCAACACUUGGAGGGAUGUACUUCGGAAAAAAUUACUGAAGCUUCUCGGUGUUCCUGCUUCUUUUGUGGGGCCGUGUUUCGAAGCCAACUCCUCCGAUUGUCCCACCACCUCCAAGCCCACAAAAACUUUAAAUGUGAGAUAUGCUCCAAGGCAUUCACACAACUAACAAUAUUGAACGUUCACAAAUAUUCGCAUAAAGAAUCCAAACCACAUCUCUGCCCAAAGUGUGGAAAGCGAUUUAAACAAGCUUGGAACCUCAAACUUCAUUUAACAUUGGUUUGCGGGGAUGAUGAAGAGGCGAGACAGAAAAUGAUCGAAAAAAGAAAAGCGCAGUAUAAAUCGUUCAGAGAAAAGAAGAUGAAUUUUAAGUGUGACGAGUGCUCUGAGGGAUUCGUAUCGGAGCGAAGGUUGGAACUGCAUAAGAAGAAAAUUCAUGCCCACGACGAUAAAUCUGAGACAGAAGAUAGCGACACGGAUUAAACUGUCACGUUCGCCUUUAGGACAAUUUAAAACGAAAAAAAUCUGGCUCGUCGUCCUCCAAUUCAUUAAAUCUGGAGUGAAAAUCAGUCCCGAAAUUUUAUCACCGAUUAAUUUCAAUCAUUACCCCCUUUGAGCCUACCAGCCUUCUCAUAUUCACGCAAUGUGCAUACAACGAUUUACAUUGACUGGUUAUACAUAAAUACAUAUAUUUACCACCAGUUUUUCCAAUAAAUAUGUACAUAUGCACAAAUAUUACUAGUGGAUUUUAAUUUAGAAUACCAAUUUUUAAUAUAAAAAAGACGAAAUGUCAGACUACAGAUAGAUAAAAUCCAACACAUUGUUACAUGAAACAAUAAAAUAACCAUGUAUUAUUUGAAACUGUAUUAA